AAUGGCGGAUGAAUCAUUGAGGGUAUUAGUGGAAGUAUAAGAGUUACUUGAAGAACCAGACCACAGCUGAUCAUCUCGUCCAGACGGAUUUUGGUCUAAGAUGCCACCCCAAAAUUUGAGCUUGGUGUAUCCAGCUCUGGAACUAAUUGAUCUUCAUCUCCUGCCAUAACAUCAUCUACAGGUAGCUUUUUUAUUGCUCACAAGGCUCAACAGACAUGCCAGGAAACCGCCGCUACCCACUGGAGCGAAUCCGGUACGCCAGCUACAUCUGGCCAGCAGACUGGCAGCCAGAAAGGACAUCAACAUCAACCUCAACAUCAUUCGAUCAAGACCUACAACAACAUUGCGCCUGCUGCAUCCGCUCCUCAUACUACGUAACUUCAAGCCCGGAAGCCUUCCAGCGGCACCGUCUAGUUCUUUCCCGUUGCGAACAAUUCGGCCCCUCGCUUUUAGACCGCCACGGCUACAGCAAACUCAUCAGCGACGCCACCAGCGUGGUUCUCUGGGCUAUUUGGACGAACCUCGUCUACGACUCGGACUUGGUGUACAUGAGCGUGGAUUACUUUUAUUUCUUGAUUGAUUGGUUGUUGUGGAGGGUUUAUGUCCCAACUGAGCCCUUCCCCUUCGCCUUCCACCCGCCGAUAAAAACCGGUCCUCCCUACAGCGACGUAGUCGAGUACUUCCUCUGCCGAUCCGACGGGUUGAAAUACCUCGAGGGUCUCUUCGCCGACUGUCACCACUAUCACACCCGAUGGAAGAUGCUGCAAGCCAUUAGGGGUAUCUUUAACGGACAGGAUUAUUACGUGGGUUAUGGCGGGAGUUGUUUCUGCGGCCCCGGUUGCACGAGCGUGCCGCUGGUUGCUUGUGUGUGUCUGCCCUGGCCUAGGCCGAGGGAACCGGUUGUUGUGUUGAGGGUGGAGGAGACUACUACUUGGAAGAAGAAGAAAAAGAAAGGGAAGAAGAGCAAGAAGAAAAAGGAGGAAGCGGGUUGUUUGGUGAUGUAGGAGUGGGAGGAGCAGCUGUUUCUUGCAUUGAUGGUUGCGAAAAACGGGGAGGACCUGAGUAACAUCCCUCUACAAUGCUUGAGGAAGGAACAAUAGGGUGCAAAUGGGGGCCAGUGGAACUUCCGACGAAGCGGAGGAUCAAGAUGACGGCGCGCAUGGACAUACUU